UUUCCAGUUGGUGGCGGAAAAAGGCGACCGCUGAGCGCGAAGGUUUGGAGGUGGCGGCCGCGCACUGUCCUCAGUAUGCAGCGAUUACUCUUUCUGCCCUUGAAGGCCUUGAUGGGGAGCCCGUGUCUCCGACUCUUGGUUCCUAGGGCGGUGCCUAGAACACAGUAUGGUUGCAGCUGUGGCAUCAGGCACCCCUUGAGGCCAGGGCAAUACAGCACAAUCUCUGAAGUAGCGCUGCAAUCUGGAAGGGGUGCAAUGUCCCUUCCUUCAAAGGCUGCUGAGCGGGUGGUGGGCCGAUGGCUCCUGGUCUGCAGUGGAACAGUGGCUGGAGCAGUUAUUCUUGGUGGAGUAACUAGAUUGACAGAGUCUGGCCUCUCAAUGGUAGAUUGGCAUUUAAUAAAAGAGAUGAAGCCACCUACAAGCCAAGAGGAGUGGGAAGCAGAAUUCCAAAAAUACCAGCAGUUUCCAGAAUUUAAAAUUUUGAAUCACAAUAUGACAUUGGCAGAAUUCAAGUUCAUCUGGUACAUGGAGUAUUCACACCGAAUGUGGGGUCGCCUUGUAGGCCUCGCAUACAUCCUGCCUGCUGUCUACUUUUGGAGAAAGGGCUGGCUCAACCGUGGCCUAAAAGGACGUGUUCUUGCCCUCUGUGGUUUAGUCUGCUUCCAGGGUCUUCUGGGAUGGUAUAUGGUGAAAAGUGGAUUAGAAGAAAAAGCAGAUUCCCAUGACAUCCCUCGGGUCAGUCAGUACCGCCUUGCUGCCCACCUGGGAUCAGCCCUUGUUCUUUAUUGUGCCAGCUUGUGGACCUCGCUCUCACUGCUGCUCCCUCAACACAAGUUGCCUGAAACCCGUCAACUCUUGUGGUUGAGACGAUUUGCUCAUGGAACUGCAGGCCUGGUGUUCCUUACAGCUCUCUCAGGGGCUUUUGUGGCAGGGCUGGAUGCUGGACUUGUUUACAACUCCUUCCCCAAGAUGGGAGAAUCUUGGAUCCCAGAGGAUCUCUUUACCUUCUCCCCUCUCCUGAGGAAUGUUUUUGAGAAUCCCACCAUGGUGCAGUUUGACCACCGGAUUCUGGGGAUCACUUCAGUUACUGCCGUCACAGCACUCUACUUCCUCUCCCGGAGAAUUCCCCUUCCUCGAAGGACCAAGAUAGCAGCAGCAACUCUGCUAGCUUUGGCCUACACACAGGUGGGCUUGGGCAUUACCACUCUGCUGAUGUAUGUUCCAACUCCUUUGGCUGCCACUCACCAGUCGGGCUCCCUGGCUCUGCUCAGUGUUGCCCUUUGGCUCAUGAAUGAACUCCGAAGAGUCCCAAAAUAAUUCUCAGAGGAUCAGCUUCCUAGGACUGAAACUGCUUUUGGGAGAUGAUCAGUGAGCACAAGAACUUAGGCUUUUCUGAGAGGAUGACCUUGGUAUACCAAGUGGUUUCCAAAUUGGUUGGGUUAUUUAAAUUCUUUGCCUGUUUUUGGCACAAUCACUGGAUCAAGAAAGUCAUUAGAUACGGUUAUACUAAAGGUUCCUUUAUAAAUCUAUUUUCAUGUUGAAAAUCAGAUUUAAUGUAGAGAAAGAGUUGUCUGCCAUUUGCUUAACGGGCUCUGUCUCAGGUUUCUUAAGUUGGCCAGCUGUUGGUUCUACAUGCAUGAUCUCUGUCUCCUUGACUUCCUGAAUCCUGAAUUCUGCCUAAGGAGAAAUCCUUUAUGAUCUCCACUUCAUUUCCAUCAGGUAAAGAUUCAAAGGGAAGGACUGGCACACCCUAAAGUAGCUAGAUAGCCUUCAACAAGAAAUAGCUGCUGUCUUAUAGUGUCCUGAUUUUCAAAAAUGGGGAAAGCCCUAACCUAGUUCCUCUUUUGGUAUCACUAUGUCAAACAAAUGGAAUAUAGAAUAAAUCAGUUCCUGAAAGGGUUUCUUAACAGCCUCAUAGAUAAGAAAAAUAUGGCCUUGAUGGUGUAGUACCUGGACAUCUCUUCAGAUGUUUAAAUGAAUUGUUGAUUAAUGAA